AUGGAAGCCCACUUGGAUGCUCUUGAUCUUUGGGAAGCUGUGGAAGAGGAUUAUGAAGUUGUUCCGCUGCCUACAAAUCCCACCAUGGCCCAGAUCAAAAACCAUAAGGAGAGGAAAACCAGAAAAUCAAAGGAGGAGUAUGCCGGUGAUGAUAGGAUUCGUGGUAUGAAAGCUCUCAAUUACAUAAGAGAGUUUGAAUUGCAAAGAAUGAAGGAGUCAGAGACAGCCAAAGAAUACUUUGAAAGGCUGCUCGAUAUUGUCAAUAAAGUAAGGUUACUUGGCACUACUUUUGACAAUUCGAGAAUUGUUCAAAAAAUGUUAGUUACUGCUCCUGAAAAAUAUGAAGCAUCCAUUACAACUUUGGAGAAUACAAGGGAUUUGUCCACAAGCACCUUAGCAGAGUUAUUAAACUUGUUUCAGGCUCAAGAACAGAGGAGAUCUAUGAGGCAAAAUGGUUUUGUUGAGGGAGCUCUCCCAGUCAGACAUCAUGAAGAAAAGGACUUUCAGAGGAAGCAAGCUGGUUCAAACGAUGAGCAAAUCAUAGCUGAUCGCAAUCGUGGCAAAGGUGGAGGCUCAAAAGAAUAUCCUCCUUGCAAACAUUGUGGCAAAAUAGGUCAUGUACCAUUCAAAUGUUGGAGAAGGCCAGAUGCCAAAUGUAAGAAAUGCAAUCAGCUUGGACAUGAAGCUAUAAUUUGCAAAAGCAAGAAUCAGGAAGCUAAUGCCCAAGUUGUUGAUCAGGAUGAAGAAGAUCAAAUUUGA